AUGUCUCACGAAAUGUCCCACCUAGGCCCUCGUGCCUUUAACCACGAGCAGAGCAGCGACGCAGAGGCGGAGUACGACCGCCUCCGCGAUCUGGCGCGCCAGGAAGCCUCCAAGCGCGGUUCAUGCUUCUCGAGGUCCAAAGAAGCAUACUCAAGCGGUGAUGGAGCGCGCGCCAAGCAGCUUUCCGAGGAAGGGAAGGCGCAUGGUCGGAAGAUGGAGGAGUAUAACAAGCAGGCGUCGGAGUUUAUUUUCCGUGAGAAUAACGCUGAGGGACGCGUAGCUGCUGAUACUAUUGAUCUGCAUGGUCAAUUUGUUGAGGAGGCGGAGGAGAUUCUUGAGGAGCGGAUUAAGUAUGCGAAGGCGCAUGGACAGGAUCAUUUGCAUGUGAUCGUGGGUAAGGGUAACCACUCCGCAAACCAUGUGCAGAAGAUCAAGCCUCGCGUGGAGCAGGUUUGUCAGGAACUUGGUCUCCAGUAUGCGACUGAGGAGAAUGCUGGUCGUAUGUAUGUCAACUUGACUGGUGGCGAGGCGGUUAUGCCUCAAUACCCGCAGCACCAGGCACCACACCAGCAGUACCCUGGUCAGCAGCAGCAGCAGCAGCCUUACUCUGGUGGAUACCAGCAACAGCACCAGCAACAGCAACAACCUCAGCAGCAAGACGAGAUGGAGCAGGUGGUCAACGAGGUGGUGCCGAAGCUUUUGCAGAAACUGGAGAAGGCUUGCUGUGUUAUGAUGUAA